GCUUUACGGACGUCUCACCUGAAUUCAUUUGUACAAUGACUCACUCAGGUGUACGCGCACGUAUAGUUAAGUCACUUAGUCGAAUUCAAAAGCCAUACACCUGUUGAUUUUCAAAAGAAAUCCGAAAGGUGUCUAAAAUACCACUAAAUUCGAAAAAUCCGCGAUGUGAAAUUAAAGAAAAAAUUUUAACCGCAAUUAAUAUGUGAUUCAAAAGUGAUUAAACGUAAUAUUAGUACAAAAUUAGUUUGCAAUAAUAAUGUAAAAGAAAUUUGUUAAAAUGAAGUGUUUAGUGUUUUUAUUAGUUGUUACUUGUUUUAUAUUUGAAGUAAAGUCAGAUUUGACACUAACGGGGCCGAAAUGUGGCGCGAGAUUUUGCCAAAUGCAAGAGUAUUGCUCAAAUUACGACAACCAAUGCCACCCUUGCUCGCAGAUUUGUAAUCAAAGCACCCACAAUUACGACCCUACUAAUUGCAUCAAGGAUUGUCAAGAUUAUCUUCACGAUGUUCGAUACGUGCGUAAAGACGAAGGCUCUGGAGGGAAAGAUGACUUACGAGGGGUAGUACAGAAGUUACAACAUAUGGUCACAGUAACUUUGACAUUAACAUGUUUUGUACUGAUCGCUCUCGCUUUCGUUAUAGCGUUCCAAAUAUGGAAAUGGAAGAAAAAUAAUAACAUCACAUUUGCUAGUCUUUGUAAUAAACUUAGGUCUAAGAAUUCAAACGAGAACAAAUCUCCCGGAAACGGAAUUCCUCCGCCUGGACAGGCCAACACGAAACCAGAUCUUCGCCUUGACAUGCCCAUCAGUACGGCGACCCAUUCAGAACACAGUCCAGCGACCUGCACGACUUCCAUCAGUCGAAGACCUGCAGAAGACAGCGCCUUGGAUUACGCUUACGAUAACCGUGCAAUGUCAAGCUCGCCUAGUCCCAACACAAAGCCACACGAGAGUAAUUUUUAGUUUUAAGUAUUUUCAAAUUUUCGCUAGUCCUUCUUCAUUCGUACAAGUCGACAUCACUUUUUUUAAUAGUCUAACUCAGUACUUAACUUUAAAAGUUUAGGCUUUAAGCUCUUAGCGCGUGUUAUUUGAAGAAACACAUAAACCCAUCCAUACAAUACAUUCCAUUACUUUUAAGUUUUAUAGCAUUAUUCUAUUAUAAGCAUAACUUUAUUGACUAGGAUGUAAGUAUAUAUGCCUUUCAUGUGCAGCAAUCAAACUAGAUACUAGGUUUAACUUAUAGGUACAAAUUUUUGAAACAUUUUCAAAAUUAAAAACGCGGUACUAAUAGGUUUGUAUAUACAUUUUUAGUUUAUGUUUGUUGUAUUUUUAUUUUAUUUUUUGGUGAGAGGUCUAUACCUCUGACCAGUCCAUCAACAGUCCGUCCAUAUAGUUAGGUUACGCCUUUCGGGCGUAUUACUUUUUAUGUUAUUAUAAAGUGUAGUAUUUAGUAAAUGACGCCACAAUGCGGUACACGUACUUAAAAAUAUUUAGUGACAGCGCCUUAAAUUGUUAAAUAUUAUGCACCCAACUGUACAUAUUGCAUGUUUAUUUUCAACUUUGGUAUCAAUUUUAUCAACAGUAUUGCUCAUUUGUAUUUAUACAGUCUGUUUAUUAUAAUUUAUUUUUAUAAGAGCAUUGUAAUACCUACUAAGUAUAAUCAUUAUCUAUAUUCUUAUGUUUUUCAUUAGAUAUUAAAUCAUACUAUUUUACCGUUUUUGAAUGAAUGUGGACGCAAUAAGAUUUUACUAUUGAACGUUUAAACAUUCGACCUCUGAACCCUUCAGGCUUUAUUGUGUAAAAUAAAAUCAACGCUGCAUUUAGGUAAAUAAAAACAAUUACGGCCGGUCUUUUAUGUUUCAGUUAAACUUAUUUAGAUAGAUAACAUUGUAUGUGGAUAUAUAUAUAAAUUUACUGUCAACCUUCGGUUGCACAAACCUUAACAGCAGGUUUAUACAAUGUCUGGAUUAAAUUAAAAGAAUA